AUGCCACUGCCACCCUCGACCACUGCCGCCGUCACCACCCGCCUCUGCCGCCACCCUUCACCGUCGACCACCCGCCACCAUCGCCAAUCGUUGCCGACACCACCCUCCACCACCGUCAGACACCAAUACCGACCACCGCCACCCACCGCCGAUGCCACCGCCACCCGCCACCUUUACCGACCAUCGGUGCCACUGCCGACCAACGCCACUGCCACCCCAGACCACCGCUGGCGCUACCCUCCUCUACUAACCACUGACACCACCACCAACCACCACCAACCACUCCCACCCACCGUCGCAGCCACCCAUCUUUUUCGGCACCAGCACCGCCGCUACCCACUACCGCCGUCCAUCGCCUAUUUUAUUCCUUCGUCUUUUCUUGUCUACCUAACAACACAAGGUUUCAUUCCAUUCGCACAUGUUGCAAAUGAUAUAUACAAAUAUGUAAUCGAGUUAUGA